GAAAAAUAUGAAAGACUGUCAUUGAUUUUUUUGAGUGAAAACAGAAAUUUAAUGUACGUCAGAUUUGUUUAUUUAUUAUUUAUUUCUAGCACGACCAGUUUUUGACAAAUUGCAUUCGGAAUACGAGUGAAGACAAAAUAACAAAGAACCCUAAAUGUUAUUUCAAUGCAACUGAGGCGCUGCAUAUGGGUUGUACUUCUGGUGGUGAUUUUACACAUUACAAGUACAACUCCAGUACCGUUUCGUAGUGACGAUUACUUUUAUUUGGACUCCGACAUGGAUGAUGACAUGGACUAUUUGCAGAGUGCCAAUGUAGCCGACACCGACUAUCAACCCAACGAUUCUGAAUCGGACUAUCUUAUGUUCCCCCGUUCAGCAGAGACGACGACCGAAUGCGAAACCGAGCCACCGCCAAAACAUGUUGAAGCGCACACACACACCUCGCACGGUGUGGUGGCAACGACGUGUGUCGCUAUUAUACCAGGACAAUCACCAACGACGACAACACGUGCGAUCAUAACGACGCCUCAACCGACCACAACAACACCAGCACCUACAACAACCACAACAACGACUACAACACAUGCUCCACGUACCACGGCCGCACCUACAACGCAUGCGGCGACAACAACGACAACGUGCAUACCCGAAGUUGAGACGACAACGUGCACGGAGGAUGAGCCGACGCAGAAGCCAGCCGCAAUGCCCUAUCCAUAUAUGCGUCCCGUGGAGGCGACCACCUGUAUAUCUGUGAAGAGUUUGCCUGGUGGCGCUGGUGCUAAUGGUUCCUAUGAUGGCGCCCUAUUGUCGCCCUCUUCGCUUUAUCCACCCGCUGCACUGACCGAGCAGGAGGGUAAAACCCGCGCGCUGCACUCACUGGUGCAACAUCUGUAUGUGGCACAGGCGCGCGUCCAACUCGAAGCCAUUGAGAUCAAGAAGGCGCAAGCGGUGGCCAAUUCGGCGCAGCAACAGCUGGAGGAGGCGGCCAAUCAUGUGCGCAGCGUGACGGCGGCGCUGCAGAAUGCCCAACAAGAGGUCGCUUCGGCGGCAAUACGCGCACAAACGGCGCAACUGCAGCUGGCCGCGCACGAUCAGCUACUCUUUGCGGCGCGUCAAGAUGUGGAUGCGCUGUCGUCGCAAAUGGUCGGCUUGCAGGCGGCCGAAGGUAUUGCCGUGCCGACGGUGAAGUUCGAUAUCGGUAGCUUGUUGGAUAAGUUGAAACAACCGUUGGCAGCGGCGGAGCGGCCGACAGCUGUGCCGCCAGUGUUGGCAAUGCAAGAGCAGCAGUUACCAGCCGAGCCGGCGCCACUUUAUGUUGACUAUGAUUACGAUUAAGUUUGAAAUAUGCCUUUUACUCCCCCCCUCUACUAUAUCUAUAGAUAUAUAUAGCUCCCCUUCAUCGCCAGUAUAUUUUUGUAAACUGUAUUUCUGAAACGAUUUGUGUUGUUUUGUGCACUUCACUUCAUAAAAGAAGAGUGUUUAUUGUAUUUUCGAUUAUUUUAUUUAAUUCUCAUGUCCACUCACUUUCCAUAACCAUAAUAAAUGA